AUGCUACCUCCACUAACCGAAGCCGUAGCCGGCCAAGUGCUGGUCAACAAACUCCUCCAUGUCUCGCACAAACUCUCCAUACCAUCCCUUCUGAUCGUGACAGUUCUCAUUAGCACCGUCCUCAUUCUCGCCAUCAAGAAUGUCCAGUCAUCUCCGUACCCCCUACUCAAUGGCAAGAAAGGCUUCGAGCUCCUGAACACACGACCUAAGAAGGAAUUCAUGGCCCAUGCGUGGGACAUGAUCUCCAGACAAAUCAAGGCCGCCCCAGACGAGAUCUUCCGCGUCAUCGGCGAGGUGGGCGAGAUCAUCGUGCUUCCGCCCAAGUAUGCACAUGAGCUGCGUAAUCAUCGCGAUCUUAGCUUCUCUCAGGCUGCAUAUCGUUGGUACUAUGGUCAUCUCCCCGGCUUCGAAGGCUUCAGAGAGGGCACCACGGAGAGCCAGGUCAUGAAGCUCGUCGCUCGACACCAGCUCACGCACCAGCUUACACUAGUUACCAAGCCUGUCUCCGAGGAGGCGGCUGCCGCACUGCGAGAUAUCUACACAGACGACAAAAACUGGCAUGAAGUCGAGAUCAAGCCAGCUAAUCUACAGCUCAUGGCGCGCAUCACAUCACGCAUCUUCCUGGGCGAGGAGAUGUGUCGCAACCCAGACUGGCUCCGCAUCACCGCCACAUACACCGUGCAAGUCUUCCGCGCCGUCGAAGAACUACGCUACUUCCCCACCUGGCUACGUGAUGUUGUGCACUGGUUCCUUCCCCAGUGUACCGCAGCGCGCAGAAUGGUGCAGGAGGCGCGCAGUCUCAUCGAGCCGUUGCUGGAGACGAGGCGUUCGAAGAAGACAGCCGCGGCGCUCAAAGGCGAGAAGUGUGAGUAUAAUGAUGCGAUUGAUUGGUUUGAGGGUCUGGCGCGGGAAAAGCAGCUGCAGUAUGAUCCUGCUACUGCGCAACUUUCGCUGUCGGUGGCGUCACUGUAUAGUACGACGGACUGCUUUACACAGGCGCUCCUCGAUAUCGCCGCUCAUUCAGAGUUGAUCGAGCCACUACGCGAGGAAAUCGUGCAGGUGGUAGGGAAAGGCGGCUGGGUGAAACACUCGCUAUACAACCUCAAACUGAUGGACAGCGUCCUGAAAGAAAGCCAGCGUCUCAAGCCCAUCGCCAUGGCAAGCAUGCGACGAUACACGACCAACGAAAUCACGCUCUCCGACGGCAACGUGCUGCCCAAGAACCGCUUCACCGUCGUCUCUGCAAACCAGCACUGGGACGCCGCAUUCUACGAGAAUCCCGAAGUCUUCGACGGCUACCGCUUCCUUCGCCGACGGCAGGAAGGGGACAAGACAAAGGAGAACCUGUCUCAGCUGGUCAGCACAACGCCUGAUCACAUGGGCUUUGGCUAUGGCCUACAUGCGUGUCCCGGCCGCGCGUUUGCCUCCGAGGAGAUAAAGAUUGUGCUUUGCCAUGUGCUGAUGAAAUAUGAUAUCAAGACUGUGCCUGGCUCGGACCUGACGCCGCGUCGGUUUGGGCUUAAUAUGACGGUUAAUCCGACGGCCAAGGUUGCCAUUCGGAGGAGAGAUGAUAUUGCUAUCAUCUGAGAGAUGGGCGUCGCAGGCGCCAGAAUGGUAAAGUGAUGUUUGAUAUGUGGACGCCUGAACCUUUUAUGAUUGAAC